GUUCAAAAAUAAUAAUAAUUUUAUCAAGGAAUAUAUUUAAAAGUAAAUAAAAUAUACCCCAUAAGCUUUUAACCAGUCCUGAAAGGAAAGCUCCGUUUUCAUUCUUUCACUUCACUGUUCUUCUUUUAUUCAGGGCGAACUCAAAACACCAAAGAAAAACAUAUAAUCCAUGGCCACAACCACACGAUUGAUCUCAAUUGCUCUCUUAUGGAUCCUCGUUCUCUUUGGAACUCUUGCUUUUAUUCAGAAUCGAUUAAGUGAUGGUGGGGUCUCAUCAGAUUCCAAGGUUAUUGAUACCAAACUCAGUGAGAAACAACAGAGCUCAGAGGAAGAUUUGGAAGUAGUAACCCACAAAGUUUACUUCGAUAUUGAGAUUGGUGGAAGGUCAAUGGGUCGCAUUGUAAUGGGUCUCUUUGGUAAAACAGUUCCUAAGACUGUAGAAAAUUUUCGAGCACUUUGCACGGGGGAGAAAGGAAUGGGAAAGAGUGGGAAGCCUCUCCACUACAAAGGGAGCACAUUUCACAGGAUUAUUCCUAGCUUUAUGAUCCAGGGAGGUGAUUUUACACGCGGUGAUGGCCGAGGCGGAGAGUCAAUCUAUGGUGAGAAGUUUGCUGAUGAAAACUUUAAGCUGAAGCAUACUGAACCAGGACUUCUAUCAAUGGCAAAUGCUGGGCAAGAUACCAAUGGAUCACAAUUCUUUAUCACUACUGUAAUGACCAGCUGGUUGGAUGGCCACCAUGUGGUGUUUGGCAAGGUGCUUUCUGGCAUGGAUGUUGUUUACAAGAUUGAAGGUGAAGGAAGUGAGAACGGAAUACCUAAAAGAAAAGUUGUCAUAUUAGACAGUGGUGAAAUGCCUUUGUGACAACUGAGAAUCCUUACUGUCAAACUCUGUCUCUCUUGCUCGCUCUUGUGAACACUCAUUGCACAGAAAAACAGAUUUGCAUAUUCACUGUUGUAAUGCCUUAUUUCCACCUUGGCGGGUUCCAAGAUUUUUUCACUAGGUUUAGCAAGACUUUUAGUAGAACAUGGUUAAUUUCUUGUAAGCACGCUCCUAUGAAUUGUUAUUGGAAGUACUUUUGAUGCGAUUGUGCUACUUACCAUA